AUGCAAGAGAUGAUGCGGCAGGCGCAGUUCGGCUCGGCUGGGUACGUUGGAGGCCACGGCCAGGGCCGCGCCCUGAGGGGCGCUGCCGGGCUCCCGAGGGACGGGCCGCAUGCCAGGAGGGUGGCACUGAGGUCCCAUGCGCGCGGGCCGGCCGCUGGACCGCCGUUGGCCGCGCCAGGGGCGCGACUGCAGUCAACUGCUUCGGCCCGCUCGCCCCUGCGCGGCGUGCGGCCUACAGGACGGAUCGCAGGCUCCGGCGCGCGGUUUUCCGAGGGACGACAGGCCCUCGUCGCGCGCCCGCGCACGCGCCUGGCCCUGCGCGCGGAGGGCGGCGACGACGGCGAGCCCAUGGCCCCGACGGCCAGCCCGGCCGCGGAGGAGGCGCUGACCGCCGGCGACGACGCCUCCCCGGUGUCCAACUUCGCGUGGGACGCCGCCGCGGACGUCCCCGCGCUCGACAGCUCGCAGAUGUCGCUCCUCCCCAGCAACGAGUACGCCGUCGCGCACAGCCCCAACGAGCUGCGCCUCGCGCGCCCCGACGCCGCGCCCGCGGCCCCCGCGCCCGCCGCGGACCCCGCCGCCGCGGCACCCCCCGCGCCCGCGCCCGCGGUCCGCCAGGGCAAGCUCAUCCGGGAGAUUUUGGCCAUCGCGGUGCCGGCGCUGGGCGUGGUGCUCGCGGACCCGCUGAUGGGCCUGGUGGACACGGCGUGCGUCGGGCAGGUGUCGGCGACGCACCUCGCGGCGCUGGGCCCGUGCAGCUCGGUGUUCAACAUGAUCUUCAUGGUCUUCACCUUUUUGGGGACCACGACGUGCAACAUCCUGGCCAGCAACAGCCCGCGGACCAAGGGGCUGAACGGCGAGGAGGUCGCCGAGCGCGAGGUCAUCUGCCGGCGCACGCUCUCGGACGCGCUGUUCAUGGCGCUCAGCAUGGGCACGCUGGUGGCCGCGGGGCUGCUGGCCUUUGGGCCGCAGCUCCUGACGUCGGCGGGCGCGUCCGGCGCGACGCUCCACGCGGGGCUGCAGUACCUCAACAUCCGCGCGCUCGCGGCGCCCGCGGUGCUGUGCAUGUUCGUGUUCCAGGGCGCGUGCCUCGGGCAGAAGGACGCGCUGAGCCCGCUCAAGGUGUCGCUGGCGGCGGCGGCGAUCAACGUGGUGGGCGACGUGUGGCUGGUGCUCGGCGCCGGCAUGGGCGUCGUCGGCGCGGCGGCGGCCACGACGGCGAGCCAGUACGUGGGCGCGGUGGCCUUCGCGGCCUACCUGUACGCGCAGGGGCGCGACGGGAAGAAGGUCCCGAUGCGGGUGCGCGGGGUCCCGCAGGCGCGGCACCUGGGGGAGUUCGCGACGGUGGCGGCGGCGGUGAUCUCGCGGAACGUGCUGAUCAUGGCGACGUACUUCGUCAUGACGCGCGUCGUGACGGGCAUGGGCACCAUGUCGCUGGCGGCGCACCAGGUGUCGCUGACGCUCUUCUGGAUGAUGUGCUACUUCAUCGAGCCGCUCUCGCUCGCGGGGCAGGCGCUCGUCGCGCGGAGCCUCGACCGCCCCGAGGUCACGCGGCCCACGGUGACGCUGCUGUUCAAGACGGCCGCCGUCCUGGGCGUCGCGCUCGGGCUGGGCACCGCGGGGAUCUUCACGCACCUCCCCUGGCUCUUCACGCGCGACCCGGCGGUGAUGGAGAUCGUCCGCUCGCUCGCGGGGCAGGUGUUCGCCGCCUUCCCCGUGUGCGGCAUCAUGAUGAUGUUUGACGGCAUCGCCAUCGCCGCCUCGGAGCUCAGCCACGUGCCCGCGACCAACCUCCUCGGCAUGGCCGCCACCACCGGGUACCUCUACGCGUGCCAGAAGGUCCAGCUCGGCCUCGGGUCCGUCUGGUGGGCGCUCCUGCUGUUCUACUCUGUGCGCGUGGCGCUCCACGGACUCCACUUCCUGCGCAACUGGCGGAAAACGUGCUUCAGCCUCGAGACGGACAAACACCUGCCCUUCAUGGCCCCCGCCUGA